AACCAACACAACUUAACCUUGGGAAAGAUGAUGAAGGAUAGAUCAUGGAGGCAGCUGCUGGGUAUGUGAUCUGUUGAGGCAAUUCCGUACUCGAACUCUCACCCCAUAUACACGCAUACGGGGAUGCAUGGUGCCGUUUGCACUCCCCUAUGCGCAAUAUGCGAGUUCGUCUGCGCUGGUUCCGGUAUCUCGACCUACUUUGGCCUUCCGGACGAACACGCAAGUUCUAUCAGCUUUCAGAGAACUGUACUCGCACAACCACAUCCUGGCCGCCUGGGUCCAGACGCGAGGCGUUGAAAUGGCUCGAUCAUGCCGCCAGUGCUUGCACGGAGCUGGCCCAUUCGCCUCGUACGUCGUUGUUAUCGUCGAUAGAACGCUGCCUACGAAGUGAGUCCUUGGCGAGGUGCCUCUUCAACGGUGAUAGGGUCAAAGUUGUUAUUUCCCGUGUUUAUUGGCCCCUACAACAUCAAAAUAACAAAUCUGGACGUGAUAAUGUACGCGCCUCUUUAAUUGACACCGCGAACACCGCGGACGUUGCCAUUACAAAGCUUCCGUCAAGGUGGCUGAAAGCAACCAGAGGAGCAAUGAUUGCGCGGUUUAUACACACAGCAUCUCUGCAGGAUAUGCCAUGAAUUGCCGCUUCCUGAGAACAAGUACACAAAUGUCUUGUUCAUACAAUUAGGUCCGAGCUGCUAACGCAACCUUCAAACCUUCAAGAUGAUGGCUGUUGUGCUUCAGUAUUGGAAGGUAAUAAGCAACAGGCACAUCAAGGCUUCACAAGUCUUGUUGUGGGUGAGAAUUUGAUUUUCCAAGAAACACCCUUGGCUUGAUCGCCUGUCCCUGCCUCCAAGAAUCAGAAAGAGAGUCCGACUAGUCCGCCUUU